UCUGAAUGUGUAUACCGAUAUACGUCUGUUCCUAUCCACAUUUAAAUUGUUUUUCUCAAUACAAUUGUUUUUCUAAAUUCAGGAAAUUCUAAACACUAGAUAAUUCGAAAUAGGGAGUAUAAUAGAUUAAUAGGAGUACUAGCUACUCCGUAUAAUAUGCUCAUAUCAACUUGAAAAUUAAUAAAAAGAUGUUCUCUUAAUAAUUUGUAAUAAAGUUGUACUACUAGGAUUCUGGGAACCAAGUCAACCAACACACUUAAAGUGUGUGAGAUAUCCGUUAGUUCGUGGCAGGUUAAGCACACACUUUUUCAUUUCCCUGGCUUUACAAAACUGGCAAGUUUUGAGUCAUGCAAAACAAGCUGUAUGUUUUUUUUUUAACAAAGCUUUCUCCAGAACCUCGCUCUGAGAUUCAUUUUGACCUACCAAGCUUUCAUCUUCCCUCUGAAAUUUUUCCUUCAGUUCUUUCAUUGAUACUACUGAAAAUCAGUUAUAUCAGUCAAUAUCAUGGCUUCAAGUUUUGCCAAGAGAAAGACCACCAGGUUUUUAGGACCUCUUCUUUCUUCAUCUUUGCCUCAUCUCUGCACCAGGAAUGGUGUUCCGGGAAGCACCAGAAUCUCACCUCUCCUCACCCAAUUCGUCGAUUCCGACUCAGUCAAGUCUCCUCCCUUUCCACCCAUCGAAAACCUCAACUUCCGAGAUUCCUUUACUAACAGAUUUGGCCCCAAGUUUAGCUCCAGUCCCAAUAUAUACCAAAUAUUUCUUCUGAAACCCAAACGCUCUGAUCUCAGUGAUCUGUUUCUGUCAACGAACGGCCAAAGGGUCGUAUUCUCAAGUUCUUCGGGGCAGUCAAGAUGCAGCAGUGGGAAAUGCCAGACCGGCGACGAGUCAAAGAGCCCGGAGAUCUGUGGGACCACCUUCGACCGAGACGAAUCCGAGCUGGCCGAGACCCGAGAGGUUGUGGAGAAGAUGAUGAAGAGUAUCGCUUCACUGAGUAAGGCAAUGAGUUUUCUCUGCGUCAUUCCGAUGGGUUUGGGUGGUUGGUUUAUGAUUGGCUCGGGGUGUUCUUCCAUGCCUGAUAUUUUGCUGCCGACCUUCUUGGCCUCUGGGCUCUCGGUUCAAAUGGCUUUCGUGAUGAUAAGGUCGCUGGAACCAAUACUGUUGUUCCAGAGAAUGGAGGCGCUGGGGAGGCUGCAUACCACGACUAUGAGCAUAGAGAUUGCCAUGCAAAUGAACUUGUUCUUUUCUCGCCUCCAUGUGUGUUUUCUUUCUUGCAUUGCUGUUGCUUCUGUUGGUUUGGUCUAUGUUGUUUUCAUUAGAUAAAUUGAAUUUAUGGGCAAAAAUCCCGAUUCGAUAUCCCUGAUACCGUUCUGAAACUAUCAUUUUCAUUUAGGAUGCAUUUUUUUUCAUCUCGAAUCGGUCCCGUAUCGAUAUCCAUCGGGAUGAGACUAGGACAACUAGACAGUACUAGUAUAAAAUAUCAUGUCACGUUCUGGUGUCUCGUUUGAAUUUAGUAGGUUAUUUUAAAUUUUUAAUGCUAUACAAUAGUCAAGCCCAAUUAAAAGUUUAUAUCCUAGUGUAGUUUUAUUUUAUUUCAUGUCUCUCUUAGUCUCCACUCUUGUUUUAAUUCUUGAAAUAUAGGCAAUGUGAGUGAUACAUACGUAGUAUUGUUUACGGGAAAUUGUAGGAUUUGUUUAACCUUUUAAGUAAGCUAAAUUUCCAAAAUUAUUUACGUCUUAUUUUAAUGUUAUGCUUGUUUUCUAUAUGCACUCCCAUAUUUGCUAUGUAAAGCCACAAAGUUUCCGUAAUAAUUUACAUUCUCUUUAAUUCCUAGUAUGCCCUUAGUAUCUAAUACGCCCUAUUCCAAAUCGGCAUCCAUAUGGCCUGGCCACGUAUUGAAGAGUUUCCAGAAAGAUGAAGGAAACAAGAGAGGUUCAUCAGUUUGUGAAUCAAGAGAAACUACCCUUACUCUCGAUUUUAAUCAAUCAAGAUGGCAGAAGCCUUCGGUUGUAAAGGCAUACAACUUUUGAUAGGCACAAUCAAACGAUAAAUGUUGUAUUCUUUGGAUCAUGUAGAGCCUACUUGGUCAUACUCAUUGUUGUGAUUAUCUUACAACGAAAAUCUACUUCUCCUACGAAAUUGGGGCGUUAAUUCUUGAUUUUUCCUAGCUCAUAUUAAAUCUACUAGCUCAUAUUAUCGCCAAAGUGUUCAUGAGAGGAGAAAACAAUGAAGAAUGCAUAUUUCUAUUAUUAUGGGUUUUAAAAUCUACAAUUGACAUUGAUAUAUUUCCAAAUUUCACAUGCUUCAUCUUAAUUGACC